AGUGCCUAUAAUUUAGUAAGCCAGACACGAGUUUCGUCUACAUAAGACUCAUCAGUGACGCUUAUAUCAAAAUAUUCAUGAAGCCAAAUUUAAAGUGCUCCAAACAAGGAGGAUUAAACACAAGUUUAAUCAAAUUCAAACUCGUCAACAUUUGUUUCGUUCCCCUAGUCACAUAAAGUACCAUGGCACUUACGGAAAAACAAGUUCAAAAGUUUAUGGAAGAUGGCUAUCUCCUUAUUGAGAAUUUCAUCACAGAUACAGAGGCAGAUAUUAUUCGGAAGGAAUGUGGUAAAGUUGUAGAUGACAUGAAUCCAGAUGAACACAACACAGUAUUUACAACACUUGAAAUGAAAAGGACAUCAGAUGAUUACUUCCUGAAUAGUGGUGACAAAAUAAGAUUCUUUUUUGAAGAUGGAGCUAGAGAUGAACAAGGAAAAUUAAAAGUAGAGAAACAGCUUUCACUGAAUAAAAUUGGUCAUGCAUUACAUGUACUGAAUCCAGUUUUUAAGAAGUUGACAUUUGAUGAAAGAAUAAAGGCAAUAGCCAAAUCAAUCAGUCUUGUUGAUCCUGUUGUAUGUCAGAGUAUGUAUAUUUUCAAGCAACCAGGAAUAGGAGGAGAAGUUAUCCCACAUCAAGAUGCCACCUUUCUUCACACUGAUCCUAUGAAGUUAUUUGGAAUCUGGAUAGCAUUGGAAGAUGCCAAGGAAGAAAAUGGAUGUUUAUAUUUUAUUCCUGGAUCUCAUAAAAGUGGUAUCUAUGGCAACAGAAGGAUGAUUAGAAACCCUGAUAAGAGUGAAGGUCAGCCUACGUGUACAUUCAGAGGUGAAGUAGAAAAGUUUGAUGACAACAAGUGGGUACCAGCACCAGUGAACAAAGGUGGUCUUGUACUGAUACAUGGUGAGGUGGUUCAUAAAAGUGAAAAGAAUACAUCAAAUCAGUCACGCAAUAUCUACACCUUUCAUGUGUAUGACCAAAAAAAUACAAAGUAUUCAUGGGAAAAUUGGCUACAACCAUCUGAAGCAGUACCAUUCACACCCCUGUAUGCCACGUCUCCUGAAUGAUGGUUGUUACUUACAAAAGGUGAUUCAAAUGGACAUGUGAUAUAGACAGAUAUUCAGAUUAAUAUCUUAGAUUGUCUCAUCCUGACACCAAGUCAAACUAACUCUAUGAUGAUUAUGUGUUACUGAAUUUGCAGAUAGGAUUCCAAUGCUUUUAUAAUUAUUAGUUGAAAUCAGUUAAAUGAAAUAUAAUACAAAGAAAUAUAUUCUAGAUUAAUUUUAUAUUGAUGCAAUCAGAACUGAAAACUGUCUGUAUUUUAUUGAUUGUUAAUAUCUAUUGAUUCAGUUAUAAUUUAUAUGUUUAAAUAUAA